AUGACGACCCCAACCCUCCAGACACUCCGAGCGCAAUAUAGUGCGACCUUGAAGCGCUUUAUCGCGUCGAGCAAGAACUUUGAAAUCAUCACCUCUAUCGCCGUUACUCAAUCUCCCCCACCACCAACUCACAUUCCAGAUGUCCUAUAUGUGCUAGAUUCAUCAUUCAACCCGCCAACUCUUGCUCAUCGCAGGAUAGCUAGCACCGCCCUUCUAGAAAAUGCGAGCAAAGCGCCGCGGCUUUUACUCUUGCUUGCGACCCAGAAUGCGGAUAAACCUUCCAAACCAGCCUUGUUCGAGGAUCGUCUUGUCAUGAUGGAACUAUUCGCGAGAGACCUACUGGCAUAUCUACAACCCCAUUUCUCGACUCCAGAGAAUGGGAGUCUUCCUGAAAUCGAUAUCGGUCUCACUAAAAAACCGUAUUUCGUGGAUAAAGCCGCGGAAAUCGAUACUGCGGGGGUCUAUCCGGAGUCGCUGGAGCAGGUUCAUCUCACCGGUUAUGAUACGUUGAUCCGCAUCUUCAACCCCAAGUAUUAUCCCCCAGAACAUACCCUCCAGCCAUUAGGGCCUUUUCUCACCCGCCAUCGGUUGAGGGUCACUAUGCGACCGGGUAGCGAGUGGGGCGAUGCAGAAGAGCAGAGGCAGUUCCUACUCAACAUGGCUCAGGGUGGCAUGGAGAAAGAAGGCGGUAAGCCUGAAUGGGCUCAACGGAUUCAGCUCGUGGAAGGGAGACGGCCAGACCAGAGACCGGUGAGCUCGACAUUGGCCCGAGAGGCCAUCCGAUCGAAUCCCCAAGAUCUGGGUGGGCUGGUCCCCGACAACGUCCGGGAGUUCAUCCUGUCCCAGCAACCAUACUCGGAGUAA